AUGGCAGACACCACCGCAGUGGAGCCUCCGAAGAGGCUGCCCAAGGGCGUUGUUCUGGGCAGAGACGGAAAGCCAUGCCGUUCGUGCACGUCCUUUGCCUCGUGGGCCAGCCAGGCGAAGGCGUCCAUCAAGACGGCCAGCGGCUCAGCCGGAUCGGCAGCAGCAGCGGCCAUGGCGGCAACGACAGCAGCAGCGACAGCCUCAGCCUCAGCUACGGCAGCAGCAGGCUCCGACUGCCCGGCAGACGUGGAGACACUCGGACGCGGGACGUGGACGCUGCUGCACACAAUCGCGGCACAGUAUCCGACACAGCCAACGACGGGCCAGCAGGCCGACGUGCGGAGCUUCAUGGGCACCCUGUCGCGGCUCUAUCCGUGCUGGGUGUGUGCGGAAGACUUCCAGACGUACCUGGCGCGGUCGCCGGUGCGGACAGCCUCGCGGGACGAGCUCGGCCGCUGGCUGUGUGCGGCACACAACGAGGUCAACCAGAAGCUGGGCAAGCCCGCAUUCGACUGCAACCUGUGGGAGGAACGGUGGCGGACCGGCUGGAAGGACGGCCGCUGCGACUGA